AUGUCUGUUAUCAUUCGACUGCAAAACCUACCAAUCUCUGCAAACGCCUCAAAUAUUCGACGUUUUUUCAGUGGAUUGUCGAUUCCUGAGGGUGGUGUGCAUAUUGUUGGAGGCACGGAAGGUGAUGCAUUCAUUGCCUUCGCUACAGAUGAAGAUGCUAGGAAAGCUAUGUUACUUGAUCGCCAAACAAUCAAUGGGGCUGCUGUUCGUUUGUAUCUAAGUAGCAAAACUGAAAUGCAAUCUAUCAUCGAAUCUGCUAGAACUUCGGCUUUGUUUUCUGGUGGGGAAAUCCAAGCCUCUCCCAACCUAUCCCUCAGAAGACUGAAACAAUGCAUGCACUGGAUGUGA